AUGUCUUUCUCUCCACCUCGUUCCGAGGACCACGUCAACCAGCAGGCCCAUCAGUACGUCCGGACCGCGACCAAAUCUCUCGUUAUCCCGCCUGCAGACAUCUUCACUUUUGCUUUCGCCAAUCUUGGUCAAUAUGACAAGAACAAGCCGAUCUUCGUCCACCCGAGGAACGAUGAGUCGGAAUCGAUCUCGGCUUCUCAAGCUUACCUUGUCGUGUGUCAACUUAUCGAAGGUCUCAAGGAACUCGGAGUCAAGGAGGGGGACUGUGUGAUCCUACACUCCUACAAUAACAUCUGGUAUCCCCUGGUUUACCUAGCCAUAGUCGGUUCCGGAGCCUGCGUUUCGGGCGUCAAUCCUGCAUACACCUCUUCCGAGCUCGAGAGACAUUUCAAACUCACAAAACCCAAGUUGAUCUUCACUCAGACGCGCUGCAUCAAGCCAGUCCUUGAAGCAGCCUCGAUCUGUGACAUCUCCAAAUCAGAUGUCUUCUUGAUCGGUGGUGAGGGAGAUGCGCCCAUCGAAGGGUGCCGUAAUUGGCGAAGUCUUUUGGUUGACUCGGUGGAACAUCCAUUCAACCACCAUCCACAGAGCGGGGGAAGUCUGGCGGCGUAUGCAACCACCAGUGGGACCACAGGUCUUCCAAAGGUGGCCAUGAUUCCACAUCGCUACAUCGUCGCACAGGCAGCAAUUCUGGAGGACCAGUACAAUGCGAGACCUUACCAGCCUUCACAGCUCAUCUGUCUACCUGUCUUUCACGCCUUUGCAUCACCACUGGCUCUUGUCCUUCCUCUCCGCCUCGGUAUCCCCACUUACUUCUUGCCGAAAUUCCACCUUCCGGAUUUCCUUCACGCUGUCAACAAGUUCGGCAUUACUGACGCACCAAUCGUGCCUCCGAUCGCUGGUAUACUGGCACAAUUGGGAGGUUUGGACGCCCACUCGAUUCGGUUCUUGCGAUACGUCAUAUGCGCCGGAGCAGUACUGAACCCGGUUGUCCAGGCCACGUUGAUCAAGCGCUUGAGGCCAGGUGCUGUGGUCGCUCAAUGUUGGGGAACCACCGAGGCGGGCUGGCACACUCUUCAUGGUUGGUCUGAGAAGAAUGACACCGGAACCGUUGGACGACUGCUACCCAACAUGGAGAUGAAGCUGAUCGGUGCCAAUGGAGACAUUGUCAAAGAACAUAACAAAGUUGGAGAAGCACUCAUACGUUCGCCAACGAUGUUCUUGUCAUACCUUCCAAAAGGCAAAGCAAACCGAGACAGCUUUGACUCUGAUGGAUUCUACCGAACCGGUGAUCUCGUCCUCAUUCGAGACGACAACAAAGUCGUCCAUGCCGGACGAUGCAAAGAGAUCCUAAAGGUCAACGGUUGGCAAGUCUCGCCAACGGAGGUCGAAAGCGUUCUUGAGUCCCAUCCGCUGAUUGCCGAUGCUGCUGUCUAUGGCGUCAGUUGUGAGGAUCCCAAUGGCACCUACCAGACCAUACUCUGCGCCUAUGUUGUCCAGGGCUUCCCAGAGGGACGGUUCACACAAGCUGCGAUGAAUUUGUCUGAAGACGACAUCAAGGCAUUCGUCGCUUCGAAGCUCAUCUCAUACAAACAUCUCAAGGAAGUCAAGUUCGUCAAGGCAAUUCCUCGCGCGCUCACAGGCAAGAUUCUGCGAACUCGGCUUGGUAUAGUGGAGGAAGCUGAGUGAAAAGACCUUGCUUUGCAGGA